CAGAGACAGAGAAUGAAAACGAAAAGGGGAAGCAGUUAACAUUUCAGGCACUGACGUGUUGGACAGUUGCUGCAUGUUGUAAUUUAUUAUGAUAUACACACAUCUUUAAGCCUGAAAGAAUCUUAAUCUGUGACAUUAGGAGCAUGCGCUGCUAUAAAGCGCUACCAAUAAAACGGCGAAGUGGUAAUACAAGAGCCUUUCUUUUAAAAGACAGCGGGCGAUGGAGCUUUGGGGACAGAUAGUUAGGUGUGCGAGAGAGUGAAAUACCAAAGGACAUAAUAAAGGCGUGCUAGCGACGUGUCAAUUUAAAUCAGCGUAGUGAAAGGCCGGUGUUCUUUCUGGAGGCUAGUCUUGUGUGAUUUGCAUUUCUGUUUGACGCGGCGCAGUUGUUCGACGAACAGUCACAGCAGACUCCACAGGAGAGCUUAUCGUGUAAAACGCCGGCGGCUGCUGCAGCGGCUGCUGCUGCUGCUGCUGUCAGUGCCUGUAGAUCGCCAGCCAGAAGCUCCCCGCCUCCUCAGCUACAACCACCACCACCUCUUUGUCCUCCUUCUAUUCCUGCUUCUCGCUACUCCUGUGCGGAGCGCUCUGGGGAUACACGCCUCACCCUGGUCUUCCUUCAGGCAUUAUACAGUAUUUUUAAAGGGAUAGUUGCACUUUCUGGGCCGAGAGGGUGUGAUUUUUUUUUUUGUUGUGCAUUCACUCUGCCCGCUAAAUUCACAGAGCCAUGGCCGGGCCAGAACAGGUUCAUGAACAGGUAGAUGACAGCACGGACCAAAUAGAUGAUGCGGAGCUGGCACUCCAAGGAAUCAACAUGCUGCUUAACAACGGCUUCCGAGAGAGCGACGAGCUCUUCAAGAAAUACAGAAAUCAUAGUCCACUGAUGAGUUUUGGAGCCAGUUUUGUCAGUUUCUUGAAUGCCAUGAUGACAUUUGAAGAAGAGAAAAUGCAAAUGGCAUGCGAGGAUCUGAAGACUACUGAAAAAUUAUGUGAAAGUGAUGAAGCUGGAGUCAUUGAAACAAUCAAGAAUAAAAUUAAAAAAAGUGUGGAUAGUCAGAAGACCGCUGUCUCAAUGAUUGAUCGACUUCAGAGACAAAUCAUUGUAGCAGACUGUCAAGUUUAUCUGGCUGUCCUGGCCUUUGUGAAACAGGAACUUUCAGCUUACAUCAAAGGAGGAUGGAUCUUGCGGAAGGCCUGGAAGAUUUAUAAUAAAUGUUACAGUGACAUUAAUGUACUGCAGGAAGCAUGUCAAAAGAAGAAUUCUCAGGAAUCACUGACGUCAGACAGGGCAAAUGACAAUGCCAUGGCAGCAGACUGUAUAUCAGUUGAAUCACUGAACCGACUUAAAGGCUCUGUGAGCUUUGGUUAUGGACUUUUUCACCUCUGUAUUUCUAUGGUGCCUCCCAACCUGCUUAAAAUAAUUAAUUUGCUGGGUUUUCCUGGAGACAGACUACAGGGACUGGCAUCGCUGAUGUAUGCAAGUGAAAGUAAGGACAUGAAGGCACCUCUAGCUACGUUAGCCCUUCUCUGGUAUCACACUGUGGUUCGACCGUUUUUUGCACUGGAUGGGACUGACACGCAAGCUGGAUUAACAGAAGCAAAGGAAAUCCUGGAAAAGAAAGAAGCGGUUUAUCCAGAUUCCUCACUUUUUAUGUUUUUCAAGGGAAGGGUUCAGAGAUUAGAGUGCCAAAUUAACAGUGCCUUGACUUCAUUUCAUAAUGCUUUGGAACUUGCCACAGAUCAAAGAGAAAUUCAACAUGUAUGCCUCUAUGAAAUCGGGUGGUGCAGCAUGAUAGAGCUGAAUUUCAAAGAUGCCUAUGAGUCUUUUGAACGACUGAAAAAUGAAUCAAGAUGGUCUCAGUGCUACUAUGCCUAUUUAACUGCAGUGUGCCAGGGAGCUGCAGGUGAUUUGGAAGGGGCAAAGAUUGUUUUUAAAGAGGUUCAGAAACUUUUCAAACGGAAGAACAAUCAGAUUGAACAAUUUUCUUUGAAAAAGGCAGAGAAGCUAAGAAAACAGUCUCCCACGAAGGAAUUAUGCAUUCUGGCUGCUAUUGAGGUGCUGUAUCUGUGGAAGGCACUUCCUAAUUGCUCAUCUUCCAAACUUCAGCACAUGAGCCAAGUUCUUCAAGAAGUGACUGACCCUUCAUAUGCUGGAUUAAAACACUUGUUACUUGGUGCCAUUCACAAAUGUUUGGGUAACUUCGAAGAUGCUAUCCAGUUCUUCCAGUUGGCAGCAAGAGAUGAGCUGGGUAGGCAAAACAAUUACUACAUUCAGCCAUACUCUUGUUAUGAACUUGGCUGCAUUCUUGUUGAAAAUCCAGAGACUACAGGGAGAGGACGAACAUUACUUCUACAAGCCAAGGAAGAAUUUGCUGGCUAUGAUUUUGAAAACCGACUGCAUGUUCGGAUUCAUGCAGCACUGGCAUCCAUAAAGGAGGUUGUCCCAAAAUGACAUCCCAGCUCUUCUGAAAAACACAUAGAACUCAAGAGUCUGCACUUUAUGAUGUGCGAAGCACUGAAAAUAAAUAAAAAUCCCGGCUUUAUUUAUGGAAGCCAUAAGUACAGAUGUACUUUAAAAUGUAUUCCUGUUGUUGGCAUCAAUUCUAGCUCAUAUAAUAACAGAAGCGUUUUAUCAAGAUGUCCUCAGCAUUUUGGACUGAGGAACUGUCAGAAAUUCCUUUCCACAAUAGUUUAUGAAGUGCCCUUGAUUAUGUUGAUCUGAUAAUCAUUUGCUUCAAUGUUUCUUUUAUUACUGUUUCUCUCUAAAUCAAAUAGGUUUAUGAAAAGCACAUAUUUAAUUAGUUAUUUGUGUUCAUCUGACAUUCAAGCAAUUAAUCUGUUAAAUUUGACAUUUUUAUCUCUUUAGCCAAAUAUAUUUUGCACUAAAGAAGAAAAAGAAGCUUUGUAUAUUUGUGUAACUCCUGAUGAGACAUCACCCUUAUCAUUUCAUUUGUGUUUAUUUAUUUAAAGGACAUAGACUCAUCGGCAAUACCUGACUCUUAAUCACCUAUGGCUGCCCUUAAAGGGGCUGCAAGGAUGUUUUCUUCAAACUAGGUGGACAUCAAAAAAUCAUAUAAAUUGUAUAGUUUAUCUACAAAAUGAAAAUCAUUUCAAAAUAACAGAAUUUUUUAGAGUCUUAAUAGAAUAGCGCUCUUAAACUGAAUUCAGGUUUGAAAAUGUCAGUUGCUGGAGUUUUUAAUAAUUAUUUAUUGAAAAUGAAAAUCCUUUUUACAGAAUGUGAAUCAAGUUGACUUGUUCCCCGCCUACUUGACUUAGUUUAUCAAUGUGUACUGAUAUUCUUUAUAUUUAUGGACAAUGAAGGCAUAACAUGCAUUUCUCUUUGGAUAUUUAGAAAUGUAGAAUGGAUUCUGAGAAAAAAUGGUGACCUUGAAGAGACAAGAAUGCCAUUUUGACAGGUUUCACUUCAGAAAAAGGCAAAAUCAGUAAUCCAUUUUGAAUACCUAAAGCCAAAAUACUUCAGGGUAGUGGUGGGCUUGUGUUUCAGAAGAGAUUACAGAUAUGUGUGAUCAAAAGAAGCAUUGGCCAUUAAAGUCAGGUUAGAAAAGUGCAAUACAAAAGGGUAAAUCUUAUCAAAUAUGCAGUUUUGCAAACCAGUUCACACAAAAUUGUGAAUUCGGACAUAAAUACUACCAUUUCAUAACACUUCACAGUAAAUCUGUUUUUGUUUGGAGCUAACUGGUGUGUAUCGUAGAUUUUAUAAAACAUCGCAAAUUAUUAAAUUCACUUAUUUGCGGGGUCAUAUGCACCAUUAAACCAAACAUACAUGUUCAUUCAUGUUCAUAUUUUGUAGCUUCACAUGAAACCUGGAAGAGCUAGUAGCUGUAAAUGAAUCACUUAUUUCAAGGUCGUGCAACCUAAAUGAAUAUAGGCUGUUAUACACAAGAUGUGGAUGUGUGAAUCCAAUAUGUUAAGUUUUGUUUGUUUAAUUUUUUUGUCUUACAUUGUUUACAGUUUUAUCUAAAGAAUGCCCACUGUCUGGGCGUUCUCUACUUUUAAUUUCAAAAUAGUAGAGUUAGAAAAUAAUGGUAUCUAGUUUUGGCUACAUACCUUUGCUGCUUCAGCAUGCUGUCAACACAUCCUUUAUAGGUCAUGAUCAAACAUAAUAUAUAUCCCAGGUAUCUAAUCUUUACAUUUUAAAGGUCUGAUUAUUGUGUGUAUUUAUCCAUCCAUCGUCGUACUUGUUUAAUCCAGUCCAUGGUCACAUGUUCCAGUGCCCAGUCCAACAGCACUUGGCACAAGGCCGAACAAAAACUGGAUGGGGUGCCAGUAGGAUGGACUCAUAGUUUCAAAUUCUGCCUUCCACACAGAGGGAUAUGUUGUUGAUCCCCAAGGGGACAUUCACUUGCUGAGGCUGCAACAUGGAACACACAUAGACAGUGUAUCUAACCAAAGUCACAAGAUAAUAAUGUUCAAAUAAGUGACAGUGUUUAAAUUUGUAACAGUGACUACUGCGACUAGGAGCCGGACUCAUACUCAGUUGUAAACAAUACUGUAUACUGUACUGUAUGUUCAUUUGUGAGGCAAUUCCGGGAUUGGCUUUGUAAUGAAAUUCAAGAAACAUUUAUUUUCAAUGUUUCGUCACCACUUUCACACAUUUUAUAACACAUCGUAAAGAGUAAAAGCAAUCUAUCCAUUUCAGAAGUACUGACAUUUUUACUCAUCAAGUGCAUUAUUGCCAAGAAACACUGUACAUUAAUGCAUUUCCUGGUACCAAUUCAAAUGGAAAUAAGAAUAAAAACAAAAAUCAGAUUUUAACUUUGAAUGCAAGCAAGUAAUUCUGUUCAUACUGUAUCAUGAUACUGUGUUAAUGUUAUAAAAGUGAAUGCAACAUUAUUUUUCAAUUAGGUAUUUUUAAUUUUUCGCUUGAAAAUGCAUUAGGAGCAGAGCCAGCUGCUGCUUGAUUAAAGGCUACGCACAUUUAUCCGUGUGUUCCAUGUAUCACAGUGCCGACCUAUCAUGCUUUAUUACUAGGACACUUUUAGGAAAUUAAUUACAUUUGUAAUGAGUUAGAGAUAUAAGGAGGACAUCAACAAUUGACCUUCUUAAUAAUAACCCAAUGAAAACAGAAAGGAAACUAAAAUGGCUACAAUAUGAGUCGUUCAGUAAAUAUUCUUUUAACUUUGUUUAUUCAUUUCGUUUUAGCAGUGUGUACUUGUUCUCAUUUUAGAGGAGAAGCUUCUCUUUAGCUCUUCUUUCAUGGCCACUAUAGGAUCAUUUAUUCAGGUUUAUAUAUACUAGCAGUAGGACAUCAAUACUUCGCCUUAGAUAAUGGCCAGACUCAUAAAUGCCCCGGAAUGUAGGUGCAGUGAAACACUAGUCAAUGAGUUGAAUUAUUCAGCAACUAGAAUUUAAGUCAUUAUCAUUAAACAAAAUAUGCCUUAUUGAAGCCAAAUAUGGGUGAUGGCUAUUGAUAGUGACAAGGUGGCUCCAAUGAAGAUAAGAGUUCAAACCUGUCAUCGAAUCACAGGUCAAACUGGUUUUAAUUCUCUCCAUUGAACAUAUAAUGUAGGCCUUCACUUCUAGGCUUGUCCAUACUUGGAUACUUACCAACAUUAUUUGCUGUGUUUUCUGCAAGUUGAAAACAAGUUAAAUUGAUGACAAAGUAAAGGUUAACUUUGUUUUGGAGGAGAAUGAUGUAAAUACUGUCAAUGAAAUAAUGAGGCUGGGUAAACUGAUAGCUUAAUCUGUAAAUCCCACCCAAAAUAGAGGCAGACCCAUUCCUAUAGUCUCAGUUCCAUUGAUUUUUUUAAGCUACGUACCUCAAGAACUUUUAGGCGCAGUAAUUUAAAUUUAUAUCGUAUAAGUGAUAUAUUUUAAACAAUGUAGUUUUUAUGGAAGAGCACAUGUUCCUAAUGCUCUCUGUUUUUCCUUUUCCAGAACAUUGACAAGUGAGUGGUUUGCACAUUUUACUAAGAUCUUUAACACUGAUUAAUUUAUCAAUAGUACUAUUUGAAAUAGAACUAUUCGAUUGGUCUGAGGUCAAUGCCUCUUUGUCCACCACUCCUUCAUGAAAGAAUCCAUCCCUUUGUAUUUUUACACAGGCCAAAAAGAAAUUUGCAGCACGUGGCAGGGCGUUUUUUUUUUAAAGGUGUGCUGCUAGGAUGCGAAAGAUUCAAAGUUGUUAUUGAUGUCUUUGCUAGUUAAAAACAGAUAGAUAUGUUAUUCCACUGGGCUUGGCUUUGAGGCAUAAUGCUUACAUCCAUGACAUCAUUUAACCGAUCUCCCCAUCAUUUUUAGAAUAGUUAACAUACCUUACAUUUUCGAGAAGCAAGGUUUUCCUAAGCUUUGUUGAGCAAUACGGGUGCAUCUUGAGUGGCAAUGGUCCCUCAGUGCAGUUGAACUCUGGUUCUGUUCCCAGUAAAGGUACGCAGUUUGCUUGCUUUCCUCUUGUUUGCAGGGUCUCAAACCAUUCUGUUAGGUCACUUGGGAGGGUUAGAUUGGUCGAGUGUCUUUUGACAGACUGGCAUCCCGUUUGGUGAUAGUUCCUGUGCUGUGCACCACAACCAUACUCUAGAAAAUGUGUCCUGAGAAGUGGAUAGGCAAAUUUCUAGAAACUGACUUUAACUUACCUUUUUUCACAUUAAGACAUUUCCCCCAUUAUAAAAAUAGUUUUAUUGAGUGUUUAGGGUACUUACAAUAUCUGGUUAUUUUUAUUAAAGAAGAAAUUUUAUGAACAGAUCUAUUGAACUUCUUUUUUCAAAUAUUGCACAUCAUUGGCCAUCUUUAUUUAUAGAAGUGCCACUUGCCCCAAAUGUUGUUAAUAAUGAUAUGACAGAGUGCUGAAAUUCAAACUGGGGAAAUUGCAUUUAGGACUGAAGCCAGAAAGCACUUGUCUACACAAAGAGUUGAGGGAGUCUGAAAUAAACUACCGAGACAUGUAGUCGAAAACUUCACAGCCUUCGAGAAGAAUCUGGAUGAGAUGUUGGGACAGCUUAGCUAUUAGCUAAACCAACAAACUUGAUGGACUGAAUGGUCUCAUCUUGUUUGUCAAAUUUCUUAUGUUCUUAUAUUCAAAAUCAUUUCACGUUGCUAAUUUUUUCUUAUUUUUCAAUAUCACGAUUUUCAAAAAUUUUGUUCUUUGUAAUAAUUUAGAGAUCAUCUUAAAAGAUUUAAGUGGAAGUGUUUUGUGUUACCUUGUUUCCAGUAUAAACCUGCAGGCACAAGACACCUCUCUGUAUUUGUUUUGGAAAACACUUUAUUUACAUUAAGAGCAAUAAUCAGGACAGUGUCCCCUUUGAGCAUCUGUAAUGCUACUUAAAAAAUUAAAUGAAUUAAUGUUUUGUAAUGGAAGAUAAGAUGGCAGGUGACCUACUGCUUAGCACUAAUAUAUUACAGUCCCAGUCAUUGUCUUUGUUGAGGUUCCAUGGUCUCUUAUGUCUCCCACCUCCCAAAGAUAAAUAUGAUUGUUUAAUUGUAAUCUCUAAAUUACCCAAAGUGAAUGACCCUGACCAGGAUGCUCAUGGCUGCUGUGAUCCUAUUGUUGGAUAAACAGGUUUUAAAAUCGAUGUUGCUGCCUCCCAGCUCCACGACUUUGCCUCUGUGUGCACCUCCUUACUGUACCCACAUAGGUACUCCAGUUUCCUCCGUCCAGGUGACUCUGAAUUGGUCCAGAUGUGAGUUUGUGUCCUGCGGUGGAGUGGCCACUCCUGCAUGAGUACUGCAGCAUUCUGUAAUGGACGAAGCGGGUUCAGCACAGUGGACGGAAGGAAGUCUCACUUCUAGGUAACUGCAGUAUAGGCAAUUUUUAAAUACCUCAGUUUACAUAAUCCAAAUGUCAAGUGAAUAACAGCAUAACAAAAUACAAGUAUUUAUAGCAGACAAUAAGGAAUUAUUUAAGACAGAACUUUAGUUAAAUAAGAGGUAGCCUGUUAAUUCUAAAGUUAGUAUUUUAUGAAAGUCUUCACUUCAGUAGUGGAUUCAGUAAUUUCCAGUGCAUGCCAUUUAUCAAUCAAUGUCUCUUUGAAGUUAAAUUUCACUGUAAACCUUUAUAAAAUAAUCACAGCGUAGAUUGUGUCCAAAACAUUUUAACUCUCUGGGAACAUAAAUAGAAUUGCAAGGCCCAAGGUUAGAAGAUGUGAAUGGAGUCACACCUUUGAUAAGUGUUGUACAAAAUCUACAAGUAACAAGGUAGAUCUGUCACGAGGUGGUGGUCCUCGUGUACUUGGAGGUGUGAUCAAGACAAUUCUGUACCUUGGCAGUGUGUUAAGGUGAGAUGUAGUCACUUUAGGAGCGAGCUGCUCGGUGAAAUGACAGAUGGUCUAGCCUUUACUCCUUGCUGAAAUGUAGAAGUGCACAGUUGUAUUUGUUGCCAAAUGCAGGGGCUAUUUAUGGUGAUUUUUAGUAGACAAUCUUUGAAUAAUCCUGAGUAAUGAACCCUUGUACAUUUUCUUGUAAAUUGAAUCAACUGUAUCAACGUGUGGAUGUGUUAGAUAUUUAAACAAUGAUGACUGUUAUAUCAUCAAUAUGUAGCUAUAAAACAAUAAUGUGUUGACUAAUUUUGUUUAAAAUAAAAUCAAAUUGCUUAAAUUUU